AUGGCCAUCUUAGUUCAGAGAAGUUUACUACAAGUUUGCAUUACACUGGCAUUGUACAUCAAAAUCUCACAUCCAGUUUGCCUUUUCCAAGGAAUUAAAGCGAACUACCACAACAUGAACCUUCUGCGCAGAAUAGGUGGCUAUUUUUCUCAACAAUGUGUCAGCCAAACAACUGAUUUCAAGUUCCCUAUGGAAAUUACCAGGGUUACAGCGAAGAAUGCCACAGUGAUCAUCUAUGAGUUCCUCCGACAGAUCUUCCAACUAUUUAGCAAAAAUCUUCCCAUUCAUGUUUGGAGCACAAGCCAGAUUGAGAAAUUCCUAAACGGAAUUCAUCAGCAAAUUGAAGAAUUAGAGGUCUGUUUGUCAGAGGACCAAGCAAAAGAAAGAAACACCUCUCAAACAUGGAUCCUAAAAAGUGCUAUGUUCAGCAUGAAAAAGUACUUCCAAAGAAUCACCAACUUCCUACAAGAUAAGCAAUACAGCCAUUGUUCCUGGGAAGUCACCCAAAUGGAAUUCAGAAGGUGUCUUCUAAUUUUUGACAGUCUUAUGAAAAAAAACAUGUCAUAA